AUGGACACAGACUCGUCGUCUUCAGCUCUCGACUUGACAGGAACUCCCGCUGGUAUCGCUAGUUCGCGACCGGCCUCUCCUUCGCUCAAUCCUUCGAACAGUGUGGGGAACAGUUUUGCGCGUCGCAGGGCGAGCUGGGGUAGAGCGGAUACGACGCAGGAUCCGUUGCGCUUCGAUAUACCUUCGUCUCUCGCGGAGUCCGAACGGCUGAAGCCUAUUGCGACCAGCUGGGAUCCUUCGGACGACCCAUUUUUGUCGCCGGUGGAUGACGAUAGUCCCUUCGCCCACGACAUUUCUUCGCGGAGCUACGACAACACUACCGCCGUCUAUCCAUCAGCGCAACCGGGUCCAUCAUCCGUAUCGCUCAUCUCAGCCGACUACCGCGGGACCGGGGACAUGACAGAAGGGCACAGGGAGGAUGACGAGGCGCGCUUGACAAGCAACAUGUCGCGUCCUGGCACCAGUAGUGGCUGGAGUCUGGGGGAGGACGUGGAUCCCGAGCUCUCAGGUGGGACGCUCCGUUUGCGGCGGAAGACUGCACGGUACGGGUCGUCUCCAUUCAAGUCAACUGGCACGCGUUUGAUGGCGGUAUCGCGGAACCUGCGACGGGCGUCCAUACGUGUCGUGAACCUUGCUGGGUUUGGUCUAGACGAGCAUGUGCGGUUGGCAGACAUGGAGGGUGAUUCUCAGAGCACCUUCAUAGGGAAGGAGCUAGAGGUGGAGGAUGAUGGAGAUGAGACCUUGACUGAGGAGGAGGAUCUGCCCGAUCUCAGAAGAGCGCUGCCUAUCCGCGGCAGGACGUUGGCUUGUAUGGGCCCGACAAGCAAAGUGCGGCUGGCUAUGUAUAAGUUCUUGGUGUAUCCAUGGACGGAGCCUCUCAUACUGCUACUGAUCAUCUUCAACGCUGUGGUACUGACACUCCAGGCUGUCCACUCUGCUGCGCUGCCGGCGGACGGUAGCGGAUCGCCACCAAAUGUAAAAGGUUACUUCCACAGCUGGGAGGACUACGCACUAUUUGUAUUGUUUUGCUUGUUUACGUUCGAAGCUUUCGCUCGUAUUAGUGUCUCCGGUUUUCUCCUAGAUCCCGACGUUCCCGUCUCGAACCUUCUCUCCUUCGUGUCUUUUAAAGCAUACCACGACGCAACGAUACCACCGUCUUCUACUGACCCAUCACUCGCUCGCCACGGUUCAGUCGCGACUUCUCACUCUCAAUCUCAGUCUCAGUUUUCGUCGCGGAACAAACUCGCCUUCUCCCAGUGGCUCAACCACUUUCGAGCGAAUCUCCGGCGGCUAUUUGCAUUGCCACACACGUUCCCUGCAAAUGCGUCUUCUGUGUCUUUGCCUAAGGGGAUAAAUGCUCGUAGCCGCUCGGACACAGUACAGUCCAAGACUCCCAUGAUAGAGAAGGUUAUAUCUUCGACACGGCACGCGUACGCGCACAUGCGCAAUCCAUCACAACCGAAUUUUAUGGCUACGGCAUUGCGUUCGGAGAACGCGGACGUUCUUUCCCUCCCUUUCCGACUAAGCGUGACGAACGCGCAGGUCCAGACCCAGAAGAACAUCCCGUAUCUUCGACACAGUUGGAGCAGAAUUGAUUUUGUGGCGAUCGUGAGCUUCUGGAUAUCGUUCGCUCUCUCAAUGGCAGGUGUCGAACGAGGUACCUAUCACAUUGGCGUGUUCCGCGCUAUGAGCGUGCUGAGAAUAGCCAGAUUGCUCGCGAUCACCUCCGGUACAACGACCAUCAUGCGUUCACUGAAAACCGCACGUCCGUUGAUUGCGAGUGUCGCUUACUUUGUGCUGUUCGCUAUGAUUCUAUUCUCUAUCAUCAGCAUUCAAACAUUUAAGGGCUCGUUUCGACGCUCGUGCCAACUUUCGGCCGUGCUGGAGGUCAAUGAGACCGCUUUGACACAACGUUGUGGAGCAUACAUUGAUCCAGACACUCUGGAAGUGAUGCCGUAUAUCUCUGCUGACGGUUCUAAUGGGACUAUCAAGGGAUAUGUCUGUCCUUUGGGCCAGGUCUGCGUGGAGACUGCCUUGAAUCCUUUUGACAAUAUACAAAGCUUCGACACCAUCUACUAUGCAGCAUUGCAAGUUAUCAUAGUAACCUCUGCCAACGGCUGGAGUCCGGUCAUGUACUCAAUGAUGGACGCCGAACUCUUCAUCUCAUGUUCCUUCUUCAUCGUCUGCAUCAUCGUACUCAAUUUCUGGCUCAUCAACCUCUUCGUCGCCGUGAUCACCAACAGCUUCGCGGCCAUCAGGUCAGACACCAAGAAAAGCGCGUUUGGCGCCGCUGCGGCUGCGCCUGUCGUAGAGGAAAGCGACGAAGGCUGGGCGAUCGUUGACGGCAGGCGUGUUGCCACUCGCAAUCGUAUCAAGAGCAUUUUUGAGAGCAUCCGCUGGUGCUGGGUUGCGUUGGCACUUACUUCUGUGGUUCUGCAGGCAACGCGCACAGUAGAUGUUGGCCCGGCACAUGAUGCGAUUCUGAACAUCGGUGAACUUGUCCUGACUAUCGUCUUUGACUCUGAGAUAAUCAUCCGAGUACUGGCGGAAUUACCAGACUGGCGAAACUUCUUUCGCGGAGGACAAAAUGUGCUAGACCUAAUUCUGGCGAUUGGCUCCAGCAUCAUUCAGAUUCCUGUCAUACAUUCAUCUUCUGUGUAUCCAUGGUUGACGAUAUUCCAGCUGGCAAGGUUCUAUCGUGUCAUUCUAGAAAUUCCAAGGAUGAAACCAUUGCUGCUUGCUGUGUUUGGUAACAUGUAUGGUCUGGCCAAUAUGACACUAUUCCUUCUCUUAAUGAACUUCAUCGCGGCACUUAUUGGUGUCCAACUACUGCGCGGUGAUGUCCCGCGUGGCAACCUCAUCGACUGGGGCCAAGUCUACAACUCGUUUCUCGCCGUUUAUCAGGUGUUCUCUUCCGAGAACUGGACCAAUGUUCUCUACGGUUCCGCGGAACCUGAGAUCCCUCUUAGGCAAAGCCCCAUUGUCAUCCUAUUCAUCUCAGGAUGGUUUUUAUUUGCCAACUUCAUCGUUUUGCAGAUGUUCAUCGCUGUGAUCAACGAAAACUUUCAGGUUGCUGAAGAGUCCAAACGUGGCAGACAAGCUUCUCAUUAUUGGGCGUCUCAUCGCCCUCAGAAGACUCGCAUCGCCUGGCUUCGCAAACUCAAUCCGUACAGAUGGUUGAAAGCGCAACCUAAGGCAAUCGCUGUUGAGCAACUCCCGCCCAAUCUCGUCCUCCCAAUGCAGAGAACCUUGAUCGAUGAUUACAACAUGUCACGUAAGGAACUCAGUGCCAUCAAUGAUUCUGCGGGAGGGAAGGCUCCACCCAGGCAACGUACCAGGUCGUAUCUCAAAAGACUCCAACGUCUCUUUGCAGGUGAAACCGAUGCCAAUGAUGUACCAAUGGCCACAAUUAGAAAUGGGCGAAGAGACUCCACGAUACCACAAGAUCCAGUCGAUGAAGAGACUGAACGGCAUCUUGAAGUUCUCGCUGCCCUGAAUUCCGAGACUGCGGCUGCCGAAGACUUAACCGACGACCUGUAUGAACAUCGUGCACAGAAGGCAGAUUUCAUUCGUGAUCAUCCUACAUAUGACAUGACCUUCUGGAUAUUCUCCCAGAAAAACUGGUUACGACGCAUCUGCCAAAAGCUUGUGGCUCCCGCGGGAGGAGAGCGGAUUUUUGGCACUCCACAUUCUCCUGUCGCGCACACCAUCUUCCAGCUCGUGUUACUACUGACGGUAAUAGGCGGUAUCGUGGUGGAAACUAUUGCCACGCCAUUAUAUCGUCGCAACUGGUACAUCGAGCAUGGUCUAGUUCGUGGGUCUUGGUUCGACAUGGCCGAAACAUCCUUUGGCUUGACCUUAUUCGUGGAGUUUCUGAUCAAGAUCGUCGCAGAUGGGUUUCUGUUCACACCUAACGCUUAUGCGCGCAGCAUAUGGAAUGUAUUGGACUUUCUCAUCUUGGGCGGAGUCCUUGUCAACGUUACUACAGGACUAAUCUUCAUCGGAGGCCUGAGCCGUCUUACUAGGGCCUUGAAGGCCCUGCGCGCCUUGCGUCUGAUCACGCUGAUUGACAAGAUGAGGUUCACCUUUGAAUCUCUCAUCAUAUCUGGUGUAGCGCGUAUCCUUGACGCCGCGCUCCUGGCCAUCCUAUACAUGAUCCCUUAUGCUGUCUGGGGCUUGAACAUCUUCGCUGGCCGUAUGAACGAGUGUAAUGAUUCCGGCGUCACCGGUGUCAGCGGGUGUAUCAAUGAGUAUAGUAACACCAUAUACGGGAAUUCGUUCGGCUUCCCCGUCCCGCGCGUCUGGAAUCACCCUUCUCCAUCUACGACAUUCUCAUUCGACAAUUUCAAAGCUUCCUUACUGAUCUUAUUUGAAAUUGUCUCCCUUGAAGGAUGGAUCGACGUCAUGACAGUAGCCACCAGCAUCACAGGGACGGGCCAGCAACCCCAGAUGAAUGCAUCACAGUUCAACUCCAUCUUUUUCCUUAUAUAUAACCUCUUGGGAGCCGUCGUUAUUCUAACACUCUUCGUCAGUAUAAUCAUCGGUAAUUUCACUUCGAGGACUGGUACCGCCCUGUUGACCCGACAGCAACUGGAGUGGAUUGAUCUUCAAAAGCUGAUCAAGCGUCAGAGACCUUCAAAGCGGCCGAAGACAAGGCCUACCUGGCACAUUAGGUCAUGGUGCUUCGACCGCGCAGUGCACAAGCACGGCUGGUGGCAUCGCAUGAUGACAACGCUAUUUUUGUUUCACGUAGUUGCUUUAAUGACUGAAAGUGUAAGCACUAACACGGUCUUCGAUAACAUUCGCGACUACUUCGUCAUCUUUGUCACUGCCAUUUACACUAUCGACACUCUGAUACGUUUAUACGGCCUGGGCUGGAAAAGCUUUAGUGCUAACGGAUGGAACCUCUUCGACAUUGUUGUUGCUGGCGGCAGUCUUUUCACCACGAUCAUCACGCGCUUUGAACCAACCUUCGCUGUAGAGCAGCUCCAGAAGGUUUUCGUCACUUGUAUUGCCUUGAAAUUGGUCCAGCGAAUGAACAAUCUCAACAAACUAUUCAAGACUGCAGUAGCCAGCUUACCUGUCAUUGCUAGUCUGCUAGGACUGUGGCUUAUCCUAUUUUUAUUCUUCGCGAUAUUGUUCGUGGAGAUUUUCAGCUUGACAAAAUGGAAUUCAGCGGAAACCCGGAAUCAAAAUUAUACUUCCAUGUCCAAAGCGCUGGUAAUGCUGGCGUUCAUGACAACUGGCGAGGGGUGGAAUCAAUAUAUGCACGAUUUUGCACUCGUUUAUCCUCGCUGUACGAAUCUGCCGAACGGCGAUUCAGAUUGCGGAAGUGUAGGCUGGGCCUUCACUCUGUUCAUCGCUUGGAAUCUUCUCAGCAUGUAUAUCUUUGUCAAUCUGUUCACUGGUGUCGUUGUCGAAAGCUUCUACUACGUGUUUCAGAUGACCGAAGGAGCUAAGUCCGUAACUCGGGAAGAAAUGCGUGCAUUCAAGAAAGUAUGGGCCGAGUUUGCCAACCCCAAAACAGGAUACCUGGAACGCAAUCGUUUCGUUCCUUUAUUCGGCAAACUAAGCGGUAUCUUUGAAGUCAGAAUUUAUCCUGCGGAGUACGCCAUACCAAAGGUUAUGGCCAAGUCUAGAGAGACGCCAUCUCCGAACACUGCGUGGCCUCUCAAAAUUCUUGAUGGCGGGAUGAGUUUGGAGAAACUUAACACAGUCCUAGGUGGCAUCGAUCGCAAUGGUAUCAAGAAGAGGAAAAAUCUGUAUAAUCGCCUUUAUCACGAGGCACGCAUCUCCCAUGAACCCGGGAAGGGCAUUUCGUUCACGAAUAUGCUUCUUUUAUUGGCCCAUCACAAGCUCAUUGUCGACCGCGAGGCCCUGAUUCUGAAGGACCUUGUAGUUCGGACGGAGACUAACAAACUUGUUACCGAUCUCGUCGACUUCGAUCGUGUGCAGUCGCUGCUCCUUAUGAUCACCAACCGCCGACGGUAUGUGGCAAUGAGAGAACAGGCGCGGAGGAAGGAGCUGAGCAUGCAAGAUAUCCCUGCUAUUGUUGUCGAUAGCCAUCCAACCACUCCUCCUUCCAGUACGCGUGAUAUCACUUCGCCGGGACAAGACACUACAAUGCGUCGAUUCGUCGAUUCCGACUCUCCUCUGGCGCCUCUAGGAGGCAACUUACCGGAGCUUUCGUUAACUCUGGAUACGCCUUCCCGGCCUGGAUUGCAGAGAAGUCGGAGAACCAGUGAAUUAAGCAUGCUCUCCGUAGACAUAGGCUCACGGUUAUCAUCUGAUUUCUCUGCUCGGGACUCUCGGAUCGACGAGGAUCCCGACCAUAUUAUGUCUUCGAUGCAGAAGUCCAUGUGGAAAGAAAUGAUGGAUGCAGCGGAAGAGGAAGAUGUGACGUAG